AUGGAACAGGGAAAGAACAGAAACGGAAUAGAAAAAACAGGAACGGAACAGGUACAGAACAGAAACGGAACAGAAAAAAACAGGAUCAGAACGGGAAAAGAACAGGAACGGAACAGAACAGAGAAAGAACAGAAACAGAAAAAACAGAGAAAGAACAAAAACGGAACAGAAACGGAACAGAAAAAAACAGGAACAGAACAGACAAAGAAUGGAAACGGAAUAGAAAAAACAGGAACGAUCGGUAUGCGAUCCAUGAAACCGCCGAAAUCCAAUAUUAGUUCCGAAAGGCGACGACUCGUCGAGGAACUGCAUGCUCCAGCAAGAAGAAAUUUUCAACGAAGACACGUCAUAGUUCGAGGCUACGACGAUCUAUGGCAGGCUGAUAUCGUUGAGAUGGUUCCGUACUCACGUUUCAACAGAGGCUACCACUACAUACUCACCGUCAUCGAUGUGUUGAGCAAGCACGCGAGGGCCGUUCCGUUCAAGAGCAAGGGUGAAAGCGAGACAGCUGAUGCUAUCGUCGAGAUAAUUCGAGAGAGCGCAAGAUGCCCGAAAAAUUUACAGACUGAUAAAGGAAAAGAGUUUUACAAUGCCGAUGUGCAUAAAAUUUUGAAAAAACACGAUAUCAAUCAUUAUUCAACGUACUCGGUAAUGAAGGCAUCGGUCGUCGAACGAUUUAACCGUACGCUGAAAAACGACAUGUGGAAGAAGUUUACACUCAACGGCAAGUGGAUUGACCUGUUACCGGAUCUCGUGUCAAAUUACAACUCUCGGAAACACCGAACGAUCGGUACGCGACCCGUCGACGUAACCCCUGCUGUGGCUGAAAGACUCUUGAAUACGGUGUACAGCUCGAUAAAGAUUGCUGGUCGAGCGAAAUUUAAAGUCGGUGAUUCUGUACGCCAUACCAGUUUCGUAACUUAUUUACUAGAGGAUUAUCGCGGAACAUCUAUAGUUGGAGCGUUCUACGAGCACGAGUUACAUCGUGCGACUCACCCGGACGUGUAUCUCGUGGAGAAAGUAUUGCGCAGGAAGGGUGACAAGGUUUACGUCAAGUGGUUGGGAUCCGAUGGAUCACAUAAUUCGUGGAUUCACAAAGACAAUGUCAUAUAA